AUGUCAAAACCACCGAAUGCGAACACCGGAGUUGUUACACGAUCUCGUAGCAACAUGAAUGAAGAAGAAAAUGUUAACAACGAAGGACAGGAGAAUGGACCGAAUGAUGUGCAGGGAAGUCGCAGUAACACGUCCAAUGAAACGAAUGAUACACCGGAAGCGCACGCCAAUAUACCGAACGAACCGAAUGAACUGAAUGUUGAUACAAGUAAUGUGAAUGCGAAUACACUACUUUGUACUUUAUUGUCACAAAACGCCAUGUUAAUGGAGCUGCUGAAGUCACAGCAAGAUAGAAAACCAUCGAACGACAUGACAAUCGCCCCAGAUUUGAACAAGUCUAUACCAGUUUUUAAUGGGCUAACAACGGGCGCGCAAGCUCAAGAUUGGUUGCGAACAGUGAACGGUGUCGCUAACUUACAUCGCUGGCCAGACAACUUCAAAUUACAGUCUGUGCGUGCAAAUCUAGACGGUGCCGCUCGUCAUUGGUUCACAUCGAGGGAUAUUGAAGACUGGGCCGAUUUUGAAAAACAAUUUCGCAAAACGUUCGUUGGCGUAGUGUUGACAGGUGAUUGUUGGAAAGAGAUGAGUCGUCGCGUUCAAUUACGAAACGAGAAUGUACGCGAAUAUUUUCAUGAGAAAGUUUACCUGUGCAAACGAGUUGGUCUAUCUUUUUACGAAUCAAAGAUACAAGUUUUGGAAGGUCUAUACUCGAAGGAUCUAAGUAUGUAUUUAUUGGGCCGCGAUCAUCGAGACGAAGAUGACUUAUUAAGCGACGUGGUCGAGUACGAACGGUUAGAUACAUCGCGUACGACACGUUUUCGCCAGCCGGCAGUAAACAUGAAAGACAACGGGGUACAGACGCCUACACCACGACAGCAGAAUGAUACACCACCGUCUUUACCGACGAAAAAGGAGAGUACAAAAACCACGACAGAUUACGAAGGAAAACCGACAGUCAGAUCGUGUUACAAUUGUGGCUCGAGAACACAUAUUUCACCUCAAUGUCCUAAACCGAAGAGGGAAAAGGGUGCCUGCUAUGAAUGUGGUUCGACGUCACAUCAGAUAGGAAGUUGUCCAGGACGUACGAAACAGCUGAGUUCCAAUGCAUCGACAGGGAAGCAGCCAGGGCUAAUGAACAUCGACGUGGCAGACGAUGAUGUACCACCCGUCGACUAUCCGAAGCCGUACGAGGUACUAUGCCAUAUUGACGUCCCUGUUACCGAACAUGAAGUUUGCGAAGUCAAGUUCAACGCAGUGAUCGACACAGGUAGUCCCAUCAGCCUUCUAAAAUGUGAGUUUAUUCCAAAUAACUAUACUGUAAUUAAACCGGCAGGUGAUAGUAAUUUCUAUGGGAUUAAUGGGGCUAAGUUAAAUAUAUUGGGGAUUUUUGAAACUAAUGUAACAAUCAAUAAUAAUGUCAUAGAUUUUAAAUUUUAUAUUGUACCGAAUAAUACCAUGUCGUCUGAUGCUAUUCUAGGUAGGGACCUCCUGUCUAAACCCGGAUUUAAAAUAGAAUUCGUGGACGAUAACGUUAAUAUUAUUAAUCUUAAUAGCGAUACUAUUAUGAAAAAGGUCGACAAUAAUUUCGACGAAAUAUUAUGUAUUAAUUAUGGUCAAGACGAAAACGACCGCAAUAAUCGAAACGUAGAAUCGCGCGACAGUAAUGUAGAUUUUAAUAUGAAAAUUAUUCUUAAGCAUGAACAACCCAUUUCUUUUCGUCCUAGACGCCUGUCGUACAGCGAACAAAAUAGAUUACGUGUUAUUUUAGACGAGCUGUUAUCUGAAGGAGUGAUAAGACCUAGUAAUAGUGCAUAUAGCAGCCCGAUCGUAUUGGUGAAAAAGAAAUCCGGAGACUAUAGGUUGUGCAUAGACUAUAGAGAACUUAAUAAAAUCACAGUGAGAGAUAAUUUUCCGACACCUCUAAUAGACGAUCAGUUGGAUCGAUUACGUGAUAAGAGAAUAUUCACAUUAUUAGAUUUAAGGAAUGGAUUUCAUCAUGUCCGUAUGUGUGAAAAAUCUAUCCCGUAUACGUCAUUCGUAACACCGUUAGGACAAUAUGAGUACGUAAAAAUGCCGUUUGGGUUAACUAACUCGCCCAGAGUAUUCGGUCGAUUUAUUCAGUUUGUUUUUCAUGAGUUAAUCCGCCGGGGCGAUCUAUUAGUAUACUUAGAUGAUAUGAUGAUUGCAACUCAAAAUUAUACCGAACACUUCGUAAUAUUAAAAGAAGUUUUCCGAUUAGCGGCAAAACACAACUUACAAUUUCGAUUAGAUAAAUGUUUUUUUGGUUUUAAAGAGAUCGAGUACCUCGGGUAUUUAAUUAAUGAACAUGGUGUACGUCCCAGUCUAAGACACAUUGAGGCAAUGCUCACUUAUCCGAUUCCGAAAAACCAAAAACAAGUAAGACAAUUUUUAGGAUUAGCCAGCUAUUUUCGCCGUUUUAUUCCUAAUUUUUCGACGGUUGCUAAACCACUUUACGACCUCGUUAAGAAAAAUACACAUUUUAUGUUCGGAGAUAAGGAACAAAGUGUUUUUAAAUUUUUGUGUACAACGCUGACCGAGUCACCAGUUUUGGCUAUUUAUUCACCCGACGCAGAUACGGAGUUACAUUGCGACGCAAGCUCGUCAGGGUAUGGUGCAAUAUUGCUACAAAAACAAAAAGAUAACGUAUUAAAACCAGUAUUCUAUUUUAGUCAACGCACGUCCCCGAGCGAGUCCAGAUUUCAUAGUUUUGAAUUAGAGUGUCUCGCCGUAGUAUAUGCUAUUAAACGUUUCCAUGUUUAUUUAGCGGGCAUAACGUUCAAGGUCAUGACUGAUUGUGAUAGUUUUCGUCUCACUUUGAGUAAGAAAGAAAUAAACCCACGAAUUUCCAGGUGGGCGUUAUUUUUACAAAACUACGAUUUUAACAUAUCUCACCGCCCGAACAAAAAUAUGCAGCACGUAGACGCAUUCAGUAGAUGCCAUGCCAUUUUAGUUUUAGAGUCUAAUUCAUUUGAACAGGUGCUCGCCCUUAGGCAAAAUACAGACGAUGAUAUUAUUAAAAUAAGGGACGAGUUAUUAACGAAAGAUAGUAAAUUAUUUGAGUUACGCAAUGGAUUGGUAUACAGGAAAGAAAAUAAAAAUGUGAAAUUUUAUGUACCAAAGUCUAUGGAGUCAAACGUUAUACGAACGUGCCACGACGAUAUGGCACACAUUGGCUUAUUGAAAGUUAUCGAAAACAUUGCGCGCGUAUACUGGUUCCCGGAUAUGAAAACGAAGCCGCGAAGAGUAAUUAGCGAUCGUGGCACGUCUUUUACGUCCACAGCAUUUAAACAAUUUUUGGAAGACGAAUCUGUAAAUUUAGUAUUAGUCGCCGCAGGAACACCUAGGGCUAACGGCCAGGUGGAAAUUGUCAAUAAAUCUGUUGUACCCAUGUUAGCAAAAUUAUCUGAGUCUACGAAUAAAUGGGACAGAGUAUUAAAUGUAGUUGAGUUUGCAAUUAAUAAUACCAUACAUAGGUCAACUGGUCAGAGUCCGAGUGUUCUGUUAUUUGGAGUAAACCAGGUUGGCAUAGUGAACGACGAGAUACGGUUAAUAUUGGAUAAUGAAAUAAACACGAGUUGUGUAGACCUAGAUGAAGUGAGAACAAUAGCCGCCGAAUGCAUAGAGAAAGCACAGGAGGGUAGCGCAGCUCAAUAUAACGCAAAACGGAAGACUCCGACGGUUUACAGAGAGAAUGAUUACGUAAUGAUCACUAACGUAGAUGUGACAGUAGGUCAUAACAAGAAAUUAAUACCUAAGUUCCGAGGUCCGUAUGUAGUACGCAAAGUUUUGAACCACGACAGAUACGUUAUCGGUGAUAUAGAAGGAUUUCAGAUAACACAACGUCCAUUCGAGACUAUCGUUGGUCCGGACAGAAUGAAAAUGUGGGUCAAGUCCUAA